AUGUGGGGCGGCGGCGGGAACGGCAGCGAGGGAGAGCCCUGGCCGUGGCCGCCCUGCGACGAGAGGCUGUGUUUGGCGCUGCCGGUGCGGGCGCUCGUCCCCGUUACGGCCAUCUGCCUGGGGCUCUUCGUGGUCGGUGUGGUGGGAAACGUCCUGACGGUGCUGGUCAUCCGUGGCUACCGAGACAUGAAGACCACCACCAACCUCUACCUGGGCAGCAUGGCUGUCUCGGACCUGCUCAUCCUCCUGGGGCUGCCCUUCGACCUCUACCGCCUCUGGCGCUCCCGGCCCUGGAUUUUUGGGCAGCUGCUGUGCCGCCUCUCCCACUACCUCAGCGAGGGCUGCACAUACUGCACCAUCCUCCACAUCACUGCCCUCACCGUGGAGCGCUACCUUGCCAUCUGCUUCCCCCUCAAGGCCAAGGUGGUCGUCACCAAGCGCCGAGUGAAGGCCGUCAUUGGCAUCCUCUGGGCUUUUGCCUUCCUCUCUGCCAGCCCCUUCUUCUUCCUGGUCGGUGUGGAGCAGCCUGACAACCACACUGACUUCAGCCGUGAGUGCAAACCCACCCCACAGGCUGUGGAGUCCGGCCUCCUGGCCACCAUGUUCUGGGUCACCACGUCCUACUUUGUCCUGCCUGUCAUCUGCCUCAACGUCCUCUAUGGCUUCAUCGGCCGGGAGCUGUGGCGGAGCAACGCCCGCCUGCGGGGCCCCAACACAGUCCUCCGGGAGAAGGGGCACCGCCAGACCGUCAAGAUCUUGGCUGUGGUGGUUCUGGCCUUUGUAAUUUGCUGGUUGCCUUUCCACAUUGGCAGGAUCAUAUUUAUAAACACCCAGGACACCAGGAUGAUGCUGUUCUCCCAGUACUUUAAUAUAUUCGCUCUGCAGCUUUUCUACCUGAGCGCAUCCAUCAACCCUAUCCUUUAUAACCUCAUUUCGAAGAAGUACAGGGCAGCAGCCUACAAGCUGCUCUUGCCACACCGAGCUGCAGGAAGGGCUUUCACAGUAACGAAAGACGCUGGUGGCUACACAGACACCAGUGCUAGCACAAGACACGAGUACGCCACCAGCUUCUGAGACUGCAGCCAGCGCUUUUCGAGACGUUCUCUGUAAAGGAAGGGAGUUCCUUUUCACAGGAGAGUCGCAAAAGGAUAGACAUUUGUCAGGCCGUGUGGUAUUUUGUAACCAUUUGUAUUCUGAAAUACUUGUAUUUUUGUUAACAGAGCAAGCAGGGACUAUAAAGUAGUGAGAAUGAUGUGCAACUCAUGAAAGGUAACUCAGUAGGAAAAGCUGGAGUAAAUUACCAGUAAACCCAUGGUUUCGAUUUAUUACAUGUUGUUCAUUGCAUGUGUUCUCGGCAAUUUCUAGUAUUUUCUAAAAAUCCUAACAUCAAGGACCACAAAGGAGGAGGGAGUUUGAGGUAGCAGUUCUGUUUGGGUGCAGUAAUGGGUAAAACUCCCAGACAGCCUUUGCCAUUUUAAAAUUGUUUUCUUAUAAACGAGAAUUUACAAAACACAGUCUUACAAGGACAUGGACGUGAAAGAAAUCGCCCACCACCCUGAACA